AGCCGUAAGUUGGGCGUGAACGAGACUCCCAGAGUCAUGGUUGUGCUGACCACUUGCAGUCACCAGUUGAAAGCCCUGUCUAUGAUGGUAGAAAAAGAGAGCGGGAUAAUCGAGGGAAAUCACUUUGAUUCUAUGUGGACUACGGUCUUGCUAAUCCAGAAAUGCAGGUAUCGCAACGCGGUAACUUGUCAAGUCCAAACUGAGAUUCCGAUGCCCUGUCUUGGUGGCAUUCUCGCUGAUGAGAUGGGCCUUGGGAAAACUUUAUCUAUGCUUGCUCUUAUUACACUGAAAUUGGAUGAGAUGGAAAAUUUGGCCCCAUGCCCGUCUCAAAACCAUACUACCAUUAUCGUUACACCUAUGUCACUCCUUCAGACAUGGGAGGAGCAAAUAAAGAGCCACAUUUAUCCGGGAAGAUUGUCUUACUACAAAUACCAUGGUUCCUCGAGACGAAUAUUACCAGCUGAUCUCCACAGGCAUGAUGUUGUUCUGACGACAUAUGACACUCUUGUAUCUGAGGCUGCGCACAAGAGGCACGACAACAAGGAGACUGAGUCCCUGCUAGAUCUUGAGUGGCUCCGAGUCGUUCUAGAUGAAGCUCAUCUGAUUCGAAAUUCCAGAUCAAGGAAGUAUCGGGUAGUGAGAGAGCUGAAAUCACGACAUCGUUGGUGCCUCACCGGCACUCCGAUAUUUAAUCGCGUGGAAGACUUCGGGACGUUGCUCACCUUCCUGCGUGCGAGCCCUUUCCAUGACCCAAAAUUGUUCAGCCUGUUUAUCUCAGAACUUCUAAAGAACAACCCAGAAACAGCGCUGUCAUACCUUCGCAAGCUCGUCCAAUCCACCUCUCUGCGGAGGAGCAAAGCCACCGUCCAGAAAGAUCUCGGGAUUCCCGGCCGAGAAAAUCGCGUUGAAAAGAUCAUUCUCAACAACGACGAGCGCCAGAAAUAUGACAGGCUCAAGCAAAGUUGGGAUAAGAUCCUUCGGAUGCAAUCAGAGACAACUUCAAGAGAUAUAUCCGCUCAAUGCAUCUUCCAGAUAAUCCUUAGGCUUCGCCAAUUCUGUAAUCAUGGCUUUGAUCUUUUCCCACCAUCUGCUAUGGCCAUUUUUUCUGAGUCUGAUCCUGAAGACUCAAUUCUGAAUCAGAUUUUAAAGGCUUCGGAAACAUGUGCAAUCUGCACGAAGUUAUCCCAGCCUCAUCUAAAUGGUUUCAGUCAGGCCUCUUCAUUGGACUGCGGACAUUCAGUCUGCCCACGCUGCGGAAAGAAGAUGGAAGAUGAUUCGUCCCUGGAGGGAGUAGAUUGCAAACUUGGUCUCAGGAUCGACGAGAAAAAUAGUUUGUCCCGUAACACUGCAGCAGCGUAUUCGAUGUCUGCAGCAACAAGUGAUCCUGAAAGUCCUGAGAGGUUCUACAAGCCUUCGUCAAAAGUCGUCGCUUUGGUGCGAAAUCUUCGCGAUCCUUAUUCUCUACGUCCACUAACAUCCCCUUUCACAUGCAGCGUCGUAUUCUCAGGCUGGAAGAAGAUGUUAUGCUUAGUUGAAAAGGCCUUGAGACAUAGCAACAUCCCAUACGAGCUUAUCGAUGGCUCCCUAAAUGAUCAAGCAAGACGAUCUACGCUUCAAAACUUUCGCGCCCAAAAGGGCUAUUGCGUUCUUCUUGCGUCCGUUGGGAGUGCCGGUGUCAGACUGGAUCUCACAGUCGCGUCGAGAGUACACAUGCUUGAGCCGCAGUGGAGUCCCAUGGCGGAACAACAAGCGUUGGAUCGAGUCCAUAGAAUGGGCCAGAGCAGGGAAGUUGUUGUGACGCGGUACAUUGUGAAGAACUCGAUCGAGGAGGUAGGUGGUCAAACAUGUUCAUCUCAUGUUGUGUUUCGAACGCUGAUCUGCUUAUCACCACACACAGUAUGUUGUUGCCGUACAAGGAAUCAAAUCAAGUAUUAUCAACCAUUCCGUCGAGGGGCAUGA